GUAGUUGAUAGUUUGCAUGGUGAAGAGAUGGCAGACAGUGUCAAAACCUUUCUUCAGGACCUUGCCAAAGGAAUCAAGGACUCCAUCUGGGGUAUCUGUACCAUCUCAAAGCUGGAUGCUCGAAUACAGCAAAAGAGAGAGGAACAGCGUCGAAGAAGGGCAAGUAGUGCCCUGGCUCAUAGGAGAGCCCAGAAUAUAGAGCCAAAAUUAGAGCGUGAUCCAUGUAUUUUUAGUAGAAUUUUCCAGUGCUGUGCUUGGAAUGGAGGAGUAUUCUGGCUUAGUCUCCUCUUGUUUUAUCAAGUGUUUAUUCCUAUACUUCAGUCUAUAACAGCAAAAAUUAUUGGUGAUCCAUCACUACAUGGAGAUGUUUGGUCAUGGCUGGAAUUCGUCCUCACGUCAAUUUUUAGUGUUCUUUGGGUGCUUCCACUGUUUGUGCUUAGCAAAGUUGUCAAUGCCAUUUGGUUCCAAGACAUAGCUGAUCUGGCAUUUGAGGUAUCAGGGAAGAAGCAACCAUUAUCUAGUUUCAGCAAAAUCAUUGCUGAUAUACUUUUCAACCUUUUGCUCAACAGACUUUUCCACAAGACGAUCUACCUGCAGUCUGCUCUGAGUAGCUCAACUUCUUCAGAGAAGUUUCCCUCACCACAUCCAUCUCCUGCUAAACUGAAGGCUGUUGCAGGCCACUGA